UACUAAUUCUCCUUUCGUGACAGGGACCUGGUAUUAGGUUGGUAAAAUUAGGUGGCUUGACAAGGAAACUAGUAAUGGAUGAACAGCAGUAUAUGCAACAGGAGGAAGGAUGGGACAGAGAAGGACUCCUCGACCCAGCGUGGGAGAGACAGCAACGGAAGACCUUCACAGCCUGGUGCAACUCCCACCUUAGGAAGGCUGGCACACAGAUUGAGCAUAUCGAGGAGGAUUUUCGUAACGGACUGAAACUCAUGUUGUUAUUGGAGGUGAUAUCCGGGGAACAACUGCCAAAACCUGACCGUGGUAAAAUGAGGUUCCACAAGAUUGCCAACGUUAACAAAGCUCUGGAGUUUAUUGCAAGCAAAGGAGUUCGCUUGGUGUCUAUUGGUGCAGAAGAAAUCGUGGACGGGAAUGCAAAGAUGACACUGGGUAUGAUCUGGACCAUUAUCCUCAGAUUCGCUAUCCAAGAUAUCUCAGUGGAAGAAUCUUCUGCCAAAGAAGGAUUAUUGUUGUGGUGUCAACGUAAAACUGCCCCAUACAAGAAUGUUAACGUGCAGAACUUCCAUAUGAGCUGGAAAGAUGGUUUGGCUUUCUGUGCCCUUAUUCACAGGCAUAGACCAGAUCUUAUCGACUAUGAUAAACUACGAAAGGACGACCCAUUGACCAAUCUGCAAACAGCGUUUGAAGUCGCAGAGAAACAUCUUGACAUCCCACAGAUGUUGGACGCUCAAGAACUUGUAGAAAUGGCCAAGCCUGAUGAAAGAGCUAUAAUGACAUACGUAUCAUGCUACUACCAUGCGUUCUCUGGGGCACAGAAGGCCGAAACUGCAGCAAACAGGAUCUUGAAGGUUCUUGGUUUGAACCAGGAGAAUGAAAGAUUGAUGGAUGAGUAUGAGAGACUUGCAUCUGAUUUGCUGGAGUGGAUUGAAAGAAUGAAGCCGUGGCUUGAAGACCGUACCACGGACAACACCAUGGAAGGCGUGCAAAGAAAACUUGACGACUUCAGAGAUUACAGAGUGAAGCAGAAACCACCAAAGACUGAAGAGAAAGGUCAUUUGGAGGCAGCAUACAACACUCUGCAGACGAAGCUUCGUCUCAGCAAUCGACCAGCGUUCAUGCCAUCGGAGGGCAAGUUGGUACAAGAUAUCGCGAAUGCAUGGAAAGGAUUGGAAGGAGCAGAGAAAGGAUAUGAAGAGUGGCUGCUUGCUGAGAUGAGAAGGUUAGAGCGACUUGACCAUCUUGCCAAGAAGUUUUACCACAAAGCUGGAAUUCAUCAGAAGUGGUCUCGUGGUCAGGAAGAAGCUCUCGCAUCAGAGGAUUAUAAAGUUUGCACCUUCCAAGAAGUCAAGGCUUUGAUGAAAAAACAUGAAGCGUUUGAAAGUGAUUUGGCUGCCCAUCAAGACAGAGUUGAACAAAUUGCUGCUAUUGGUCAAGAACUCAAUGAUCUUGACUACCACGAUGCUCGUACCAUCAAUGAUAGUUGUGCAGCCAUCUGUAAUGAAUGGGAUCGACUUGGUGAUGCAACUCAAAAGCGAAGAACUGCUCUUGAGAACAUCGAGCAAAUCUUGGAUUCCAUUGAGCAGCAACAUCUGGAGUUUGCCAAAAGAGCCGCUCCCUUCAACAACUGGUUGGAUGGAGCAAAGGAAGACUUGGAAGAUAUGUUUAUCGUGCAUUCUAUUGACGAGAUUAAGGGCUUGAUUGAAGCUCAUGUCUCGUUCAAAGACACGCUUCCACAAGCACAGAAGGAAGAGGAAAGCAUCAGCGCUCUUGUACAGAACAUUAAGAAGAUACAGCGACAAUAUGGCUUGCCUGAACAAGUCUGUGUCAACACGUACUCAACUAUUUCCGAAGAGGAACUUCGAGAAAAGUGGAGGACAGUGUGUGACAUGGUCCCUGUGCGUGACGCUUCACUACAAACUGAACUAAGCAAACAGAAACGCCACGAACUGCUAAGAAACGAAUUCGCUCAGAUCGCCAACGAACUUUAUCCAUGGAUUACUAAGAUCACAAAGGACACCAACCGUAUCUCAAUGGAAAUGGUUGGCUCACUGGAAGAAGUAAAGAAUAGUCUCGUUGAGUUCCAACAGAAGAUGGUCGCUCAAGUUCCUAAACUUGAAGCUUUGGAGAAGAAACACCAGGAAAUGCAAGACGAGUUAGUGUUUGAUAACAUAUUAACCCCACAUACCAUGGAAGCGAUCCACACAGCGUGGGAACAUCUUAAAACAACAAUCGCGCUCACAAUUAACGAGGUUGAGAACCAAAUCCUCAUGCGCGAUGCCAAGGGAUUGACACAAGAACAAAUGAACGAGUUCCGAUCUUCAUUCAACCAUUUCGACCGGGACCAAAACGGCACGCUACACCCCGAAAAUUUCCGUGGCUGCCUUAUUAUGGCAGGCCUUGAUGUGACACCGGACACGGUGCAGGGUGAAGCCGAGUUCCAACGUAUCAUGGCACUUGUUGAUCCAAGUGGAACAAACAACGUUACUUUCCAAAGUUUCAUUGACUUCAUGACCCGUGAAAGCACGGAUUCUGACACGGCCGAACAAGUUGUCGAAUCUUUCCGUAUUCUCGCCGGUGACAAGCCUUACAUCACUGCCCAAGAGUUGAGAAACGAGUUGCCACCCGAUCAGGCCGAGUAUUGCAUCAGUCGUAUGUCUCGUUACAGCGCAGGGGAUGCACCAGGCGAUGCACUCGACUACGAAAGCUUCUCUACCGCCCUCUAUGGGGAGUCUGAUCUUUAAACCGCGCAAGCGAUAUUUUAUUUCUAUAUCAAUGGACACAACAGCAAACAAUUAUGUUUUGCUGCCCCCCCACAUAAUGAAAUCAGAUUUUUAUUAGCAGUAUAUAUAAUCAGUUUAGUUUGUGUACUAUACUCUAAUUCUUGUGAACUUCCAAAGCCUGAAAUAAUCGGCCGCGUAAUGACGUAAUCAAAUAAAUAAUCUGCCAUCCAGUUUUAGCCACGUAUGUGCUAGUGGUAUUAACAUGAUGCCACAAAGUAGUGUUAACGCUCGCGAUCGCUUCAAUGGCAGCCAAUAUAAUUUACAACUCAUGCUCUUGCUUACAUGGCUGCAAUAAUUAACCACAAACGCACCGACCUGCCCCAUUACUCCGCUCGUUUCUGGGUGACUUUUACUUUAAAUACAACUCCAAUACUUUUUUCACCAAACAUCCUUUUUUCAAUUUGACCUUUACUAAAAAUAGAGUGCUUUUUAAUGGACGAAUUUAUUACAAGUUGUCCAACUAAUGCCUUCCUUUCACCCAAAAGAUGUGCCUGACAGUAGUAGCGGCAACCCUGUAUCCCCAACCCCCUUGCCCUUUGUAAGCAAUCGGCCGUGCCUUGCUCUUAACGAUCCAACCGCGUGCAUCACAACUGAUGCGGCAGCAUGACCGUUACGCAGCUUUUCGUUGUACAUUGACCGCUUGUGAAUAUAUCCUCCGUAUUAUACCCUAUGGCCGCACCGGCCUGUAGAAAUCCACCUAAAUUGUUUUUGUUUUGCUGUGCACUACGUUUUCCCAACCCGACCCGCUGGUGUGUGCGCACUCCCUCGAUGCCUUCACCCCACAAACGACUACGAGUUGAAAUAAUUUUCUCAUGUUAUUAAUCGUGUAUGAGUUUACAAUUUGUUUACGGCCGUAUAUUUGACAGCGUGCGUAAAGUAAAAUUUAAGCAGGAGUUAUUA